GAUCCCCAUAGGUAGGAUCUGCACCUAUAGGGUGUGGGGCCCGUGUGUCCCUAUGGGCAAAGGCCAGAGUGGGGUGGAGGAACAGCCUCCUGUGGCCGGAGGAGAUGGGGUUGGCGUGGUGGUACAUGAACUACUUUGAGUGCAGGGGAGGAAGGGUUGUGCGUCCUCUGUUUCUUUAGAGACUUAUGCAUACAAUCUAUAUGGUUCUGGGGAGUGGGAAGGCCCAUCAGGAGACUUGUGAAUGCCUGCCUGUGAGACACACACAGAUUAUGGAAUUUGCAGCUUUUACAAGAAACUCUUUUCAGAAAGAGCCACAGCUUGUACAGGUCCUGCAUGAACCUGGCUGGAGAGACACGGACAGCAAGCGCCCAGGGGCCACUAGCAUCGACGCUCUAUAAAGUAUGAAGAGAGCCCCUCUAUAGUGAAGGAAACAUGGCAGAUAAGAGGAAGCUACAAGGUGAGAUUGAUCGGUGUUUGAAAAAGGUGUCAGAAGGCGUGGAGCAAUUUGAAGAUAUCUGGCAGAAGCUCCACAAUGCAGCUAAUGCCAACCAGAAGGAAAAAUAUGAAGCCGAUCUGAAAAAGGAGAUUAAAAAACUCCAGAGAUUGAGGGACCAGAUCAAGACGUGGGUUGCAUCCAAUGAGAUUAAGGACAAAAGGCAGCUAAUAGACAACCGGAAACUCAUUGAGACGCAAAUGGAGAGGUUCAAGGUAGUAGAACGUGAGACCAAGACGAAGGCCUACUCCAAGGAGGGGCUGGGCCUGGCGCAAAAAGUGGACCCAGCUCAGAAGGAAAAGGAGGAAGUUGGGCAGUGGCUGACGAAUACUAUAGACACCUUGAACAUGCAGGUGGAUCAGUUUGAGAGUGAAGUGGAGUCGCUCUCUGUCCAAACGCGCAAGAAGAAAGGAGACAAGGAUAAACAAGACCGGAUUGAGGGUCUGAAACGGCACAUUGAGAAGCACCGGUACCACAUCCGGAUGCUGGAAACAAUUCUGCGUAUGCUGGACAACGACUCCAUCAACGUGGACUCCAUCCGCAAGAUCAAGGAUGAUGUGGAGUACUACGUGGAUUCCUCGCAGGAACCUGAUUUUGAGGAGAAUGAGUUCCUCUAUGAUGACCUCGACUUAGAAGACAUUCCACAGGCCCUGGUAGCCACGUCCCCACCCAGCCACAGCCACAUGGAGGACGAGAUGUUCAACCAGUCCAGCAGCACACCCACCUCCACCACAUCCAGCUCCCCCAUCCCACCCAGCCCCGCAAACUGUACGACGGAGAACUCUGAAGAUGACAAGAAACGGGGACGGUCCACAGACAGUGAAGUAAGCCAAUCCCCAGCGAAGAACGGUUCCAAAAGCCUCCACAACAACCACCACCAGCCGCCGCCUGCCAUCCCCCCCAGCUACCCGACGAGCGGCAGCUCCAGCACUUCGUCGUCGCUGGGGAACGGGCCUGGCUCCAACAGCAACGGGGCCGUGGCCGGCAGCGGGAACGCGGGCAGCAAAGCCAACCCUCCGGCAGGCCAUGCACCAACCACCCCCACCCCCUAUGCCCAGGCGGUGGCACCGCCACCCACCAGCACGAACGCCGCGCAGCCCCGGCCUCCCAGCACCCAGCAGAACGCCAGCAAGCAGAACGGGGCAACCAGUUACAGUUCUGUGGUAGCUGACAGCAGUUCGGAUUCAACACUAAGCAGCAGCAACCAGUCGUUGCCUAAUCAGACAGCACCGCACAACCCGCCUAGCGCUUCCACGAAAGAGCCCAGUGCGGCUCCUCAGCCACCAAGCAGUGGCAGCAGCACUGGGUCCAGCCUCCUGGUGCCUCUGACUGCCAACCCGCCUGUGUCUCCCACACCCAGCUUCUCUGACAGCAAGCCUGCCCAGACCCUGCUCAAUGGGCCACCCCAGUUCAGCUCGACGCCCGAGAUCAAGGCACCUGAGCCUCUGAGUAGUUUGAAGUCAAUGGCUGAGAGGGCAGCUAUCAGCUCUAGCAUAGAGGACCCUGUGCCAUCACUUCAUCUUGCUGAAAGGGCUGACAUCUUAAUAACUAGCACGACCUCCCAGCCGGCCUCCAAUCAGCCCCCCAUCCAGUUAUCCGAGGUGAACAUCCCCCUCUCGCUUGGGGUGUGCCCCCUGGGUCCUGUGCCUCUCAGCAAGGAGCAGCUCUACCAGCAGGCCAUGGAGGAGGCUGCCUGGCACCACAUGCCCCAUCCCUCCGAUUCGGAAAGGAUUCGGCAAUACCUGCCUCGCAACCCCUGCCCAACCCCUCCAUACCACCACCAGAUGCCUCCCCCACACUCCGAUACUGUGGAAUUCUACCAGCGCCUCUCCACGGAGACCCUUUUCUUCAUCUUCUACUACCUGGAGGGCACAAAGGCACAGUACCUGGCAGCAAAGGCACUGAAGAAGCAAUCAUGGCGCUUCCACACAAAGUACAUGAUGUGGUUUCAGCGGCACGAAGAACCCAAGACCAUCACUGAUGAAUUCGAGCAGGGCACUUACAUCUACUUUGAUUAUGAGAAAUGGGGCCAGCGCAAAAAGGAGGGGUUCACCUUUGAAUACCGCUACCUGGAAGACCGGGACCUGCAGUGAUGCCCUGGGGCCAGCAGGGGGUGCCAAGCCUUCCUUCCAGAGACAGCUGCAGUGCACUGGGGGCAGCAGCAGAGGAAGACCAACCAACCCUCACCUCACUCCAUCAUCCACCCCCCAAUAUCACAACCCCAGGGGGGAUGGGGCAAGCUGCACAUUAACAAAAAAUGCAUGCAAGUUUUAAAAGCAACCGCGGGACGGAGGAGGGGCGGCACCAGCGGGAUUCUCCUCUGCCUUUUCUUUGCUCUCUUCCGCCUGAAAUGUGGAUGAAGAGGUCAGAAAAACGGAGAAAUACCCUUGUGCACCAGGUUUGGGGUGAAAGAGUGGAGAUUAAAAAAAAAAAGAAUUUGAGAAUCCCAGCAAGAGAGUGAAUUCCCCCGAUCUCCAUUUUUGUGUGUCCUGAAUCAAAGGAUUCCAGUCCCUGGCCCACUGCAGCACACACACACCCAGUUCUUCUUUGUGCCCACCCCCAGCCCUCUUGGUGUGACUCUCCCCUUCCAUGUGUAAUAUGCCCAAGGGGGGACACCGCAGGCGUAGAGCCCCGUGGAUUCCCUGUACGGAGAAUGUUCCAUGGCGCCUCCACCCUUGCCCAUCUGUCACCACUAGAAAUGGCCAAAAGGCAAACCUUCAAAUUUUUUCAAACUGGGGAAGCCAACCUGUGGCUGGAAAAGACCCAGUACGACAGUAUUUUGGUGGACUGGCACCUCCACUAAUUCAUUGGCUACCCUUCUACUUGGUUUUUGCAAGUGAUACCCUGAAGAGACACGCAAUGUCUAUCUGCCCUGGUUGGAAGAGUCCCAAAAUGACCUUUCCUGACUGGAACUUCUGACUUUGGGAGGCUCAUCGAGCUCCCAAUUGCUGCUUUUUUCCUCCCUGCCCCCUUUCCAAAAAUUUUGUUGCCACUCCUAAAUCUGGUAUGAGCUCGCAUCCAAUCUGCCGCUCCUCCUGCAGAGAGAACCCUCCCCCUUGAUGACUUGCAAUGGAUUCCUGAUUGGAGGGGAAAGAUCUGGGGAAACCCCAGGGAGGUGGGAAGACUGCAGUAUUCCUCUCAUCUCUCCUCGUCCAGCCCCCCUGAACUGGAGCUCCCUGCCCAUGCCGCUGUUAAGAUAUUUUUUCGUAAGCCUAUUUUCGUUUUGGAAAAUAUUUAUGAAUAAAUAGUUUUAUAUGA